GAGCUCUUUGGCGAGAGCGAGACAGGCCAUGUGAUGCGCCGAAACAGAAAAUGACCGAUCAACCAGUUGAACCACCGUAGGGCGUGAACCGUUUCACCCUUUCGCCAUGACUACACUUCCACCAGAGAUUGUAGAGACAGUCAUAUAUGAGGCCUGGCACUCUGUAAUGCCAUCCUCAAUGCGAACAUCCUUCAUGACCACUUGUCCCCUUGUUAACCGAACGUGGAAAGCCGUCUAUGCCCCUAUUGCUUCUCGGGAUAUCUACAUCACCAACCGUGCAUACAUAUACUACCUAUGCAAGAUAGCCCGGCUCCAAAAAUCCAUCAUCUACUAUGACUUCAUCCCCCAGCUUACCCGUACUAUUACCUGCUAUGUCUACCUCGGAGACCAAACAGACGAAGCAGCUGUGGAAAGAGUGUACCACCAUCUCAUCAACCUACCCAAUGACGCUGGCUUUAAAAAUCUCUUUCCGCUCGUUCCAUACCUUUCUUUCGAGCUCGGUUGGGUCAGUUUGGGGCGAAAUCCACUUUUCCCGGAGUCCUGUGAUAUUCCUAUUUACGUCCGAGCCUACUGGCACCGGUACCUGUCUACUAUUGACGAGGAAGGGAAGAUACGAUUGGACGUUGGUAUUUCCAUGACAGAUACGGACCCUCUGAGGUGUAUACACUCCUCAACCUGGACGGAUACAAUGUGGAAAUUGCGCAAAGUCAGAGUCAUUGGAGGCGUGCCAUGGUUCCUAUACCCAAGAUUCGCGCUUUAUCAUGGGACAACAGCUGAUGGCAUCCGCAACCUCCAUCGAACCGCAAAGGUAUACCAAUAUCGAGGGGAUAUUAAAGAUAUAAAUCGGAACUUGUGGAUGGCUUCCAAAAGAGUUAGGGUGUCUUAACACACUCUUCCAUUGGUUGGAAUACAAACGGGUGCAGUGGUCUUUACCCAUAAGAUAUGAUCCUUAUGGUGCAACUUGAUCUCCUUUGCUAGAGGCGCUCUGUUCACAGUACCGUACUGUAUGUAAGACUGAAUUUCGGACGUUGGUCUGUACAAACAUAUCAUUCUUUCAUGAGUCUAAGUACUAUGCUACGAUGAAGGAGCGUUGUUGCAAAGCUUCCUACUAUGACUCCCUUUUAUAUUUCAUUAUGUUCAUAUUACUACGCUAUGACAAAGGAGGGUCGUUAUAAGCUUCCACGUUGCAGGACGGCUCCUUUGUAUGCUCCUAUAUGGAUGUCCGAUGGACACCUGUAAGAAUUCGAAGUUAAAGAAACCUCUUUUCACGAAUUGAAUUACAUACAGAUACUAGCUAGACCGGUGACUAUUAUACAAGUAACGAG